UUAGGGCAGACCGGAAAACUUCACAGCCUCAAACCGUAGCCAUGAAAGGUGGGGCACACAAUGAAAUUAUGAUAAAGGAUUUGGCGGAGCUAUUUAUAAACAAUAGCAGCUGAAAGCAGCUAUUCAUUUUGAUGCAAUUACGUGCGGACUUUCUUGACGUGAUUCAGACAUCUGGAAGGCACUGAAUUAAAAACAGAGGAUCGCGAAACCAUCAUUACAGAUCAGUUCCUGUUAGUGUAGGCUACGACUUACCCGCAAGAUUCGUCUGCAAAAUUUGAUUGGGCUUGGUGAUGCUGCAGCUGAUAAUUCCCAUAAAAUGCAUGUCUACACAUGGGACACGUGGGAAAGUAAAGUGCGUUGAAGAGUUUUGUAAGUGAGGAUAAAAAAGUCAUGGCAUGGUCAUAUUCUCUUCUACCUGCUCUGGCAUUGAUGCCCCUUGCCUAUGUGAUGACGGUGCACACGGCACCCUGCCAAACAUGCCGAAAACUCACUCAGAGCUUCAUAAAGGGUAUUGAGCGAACAGCUAACAAGAACUUUGGUGGUGGGAACACUGCUUGGGAGGAGGAAAAGCUGGCGAAAUAUGCUCGCAGUGAAACCCGUCUAUUGGAGAUUGUAGAGACAGCUUGUGAGAAGUCUGACUUUGAGUGCAACAGACUACUAGAGCAGAUAGAAGACCAGGUGGAGACAUGGUGGUUCCACAGGCAACUGGAGGCUCCAGAUCUUUUUGAGUGGUUAUGCAUCCAGGAGCUUAGACUGUGCUGUCCUCCGGGACGGUUUGGGCCUGACUGUGCACAGUGUCCCUCAGGACCUCAUGGUGUGUGUGGAGGUCUGGGACGCUGUGAAGGUGAUGGAACCCGUCUUGGAGAUGGAGAGUGUGUUUGUGACCCAGGGUACUCGGGACACCUCUGCCAAGACUGUGCUGAUGGCUACUACAGAGAUAAGAGCUCAAAUGGAACACAGCCCCCUUGCUCAGCAUGCUACCACCCAUGUCGAAAGUGUACAGGGCCACAUGAUUACAAUUGCCUCGAUUGCAAAUCAGGAUGGAUACUUCAUGACCGCAAAUGUAUAGAUGUGGAUGAAUGUGGCACAGAGCUUGCUCGCUGUCCAUCUAAUACUUACUGUUUCAACACAGAUGGAUCUUAUGAGUGCAGAGGUUGUGAUCAAUCUUGUGUGGGCUGCAUGGGCAGUGGUCCAGCUAGAUGCAAGAAGUGUUCUAGAGGUUAUAAGCUUAAUGGGGCCAAGUGCCUUGAUGUUGAUGAGUGCAAUGAGCGUGCCAUUGCAUGCCCAGGUCUUAAUGAGGCCUGCAUAAAUGAGGAGGGUUCAUUCCGCUGUGAGUGUGCUGAAGGAUUCAUUCGAAGAGACAGUAUAUGUGUGGAAAACAUACUACCCACUGGGCCAGAGAAGGGAUUAUUUGAUGACAUGACAGAUGACGAAGUCUUGGUCUUGCAGCAGAUGUUCUUUGGUGUGGUCAUCUGUGCCCUUGCCACAUUGGCAGCAAAGGGUGACAUGGUCUUCACUGCUAUUUUCAUUGGUGGUGUCGCAGCCAUGGCUGGUUAUUGGAUAUCAGAAAAGGGGGAUCGCAUGUUGGAUGGGAUACUUAAAGGACGUUCGCCCGGUAAUUAAAAAAAUACCAUGAAAGAAAGACCUCUUGUAAAAGUUUCAGUUGGCAAGUAAAUGAAGUUUGGGUUUAGAACAUGCUUUUAAGGAUGCAAGUGAAGUGCAUCUUUACUUUUGGUUAGUAAAAAAAUCUUGGUAACGAAAACCUGAGAGGAAGUAAGUGUUUAACAUGUUAAACAUUUAAUGCUGCAAUUUGCCUGCUCAAAGUUCUAUGUGGAGAUUUGAAAAAUUUAGAAAGAUCAACAGAAUGUGAAGAAACAACCGUUUUGACAUAAUGUCAAAACAUAUAUGCCCUGUGCUCAGAUAUCCAGUGAAUUUAACAUGCAAACUAGUUAAGUGUCGGCCUGACUCUCAUGCAAAGUCACUUUGUGGCUUUGAGUUGUUACAGCCACCUGACAGAACUCUCUGCAUAGCACCUUUAAAGCAAGCGAUACAGAAGAGGUGGUUUGUUAAUAUUAAGGGGCCUGAGAAGUAACUAAGAAAAUGGAAAGAAUCAUCCCUACACAAAUGUAUUGCUGGAAGAUGUGUCCUGGCCCACUGAUCCCAAGUUGGUUUUGUUACUAAAUCAUCAAAUAUGCACUGCUCAUUCACAGAAGGGCAUUACUAUCUUUUGGUAAAUUUACCCACAUGUCGGUAAGAUUCAUUAAAUCAAGUUAAGCAAUGUGUAGAUUGUUAGAGGGAAUAAUUGCUGUAUCUUUUAAAUUUGUUCAAUUUGAGUCAUCACAUUAGCCAUCAUUGACUUAAUAAAGAGAACAUUAUGUUCAAUAAUGCCUUUUUUCUCACACUGGAAAUAGUUAAUCUGAUGAUCAUUUCGAUAAUUUCCAUUGUAUAACUUCAAAAUUAUUAAAAAGGGCUUAAGCGCUAAUUUGUUUCCAUACAAAUUCAUACUACAAUUCAUGCAUUAAAGUUUAAGGGCAUAGGUUUCAUUUUCAAUAUAAAUGUCCUCUAUUCUCUUUUUAGUAAAUUUUUCUCAAUUACCGGACAUGUUCUGUCAAUUAUAUGUUGACAUAUUUUAACAAAUUAGGCCUACUCUUCACAAUUCUGUAGCUGUCCAAACAAUUUUUUUCCGCAGUUAAGAAUCUGUGAAAGACAAACAAAUAUAGUGAGUCAAUAUAGCGAGUCAGACUGAGCCAU